GUUAGUAAAGUCAGUUGAAUUAGUUCGGUCAAUCAUCAACAAAAUAAAAAUGCGCAUCUUCUUCCUCGUUGCACUGCUCGCCAUGGUGGCGCUGGUUGCUGUCCAGGGACGUCGUCCUCCGGGAGGUCAGGGCCCUCCUCAGGGUUCGGGAGGUCAAGGACCACCGCAGGGACCUCCCCAAGGACCUCCCCAGGGACCGCCCCAGGGACCUCCCCAGGGACCUCCCCAAGGACCUCCCCAAGGACCACCUCAGGGACCUCCUCAGGGCGGCAACUCAUCCUCCUCCCAGGAGUCGUCCCAGGAGUCGUCCCAGGAAAGCUCCAGCGAGUCUUCUAGCGAGUCGUCUGCCUAGGAAGCUCACAGCUCCUUAAAAUAAAAACUUAAAACUCUUUGAAUAAA